CUUGACACGCCAUAUGCGGUUCCAGCGAAAGGCUGAAACCAACCAUCAACUCAGCGAUGCCAAGAUCUCCCUGCGUGCUGACGUCCGGGAGGCUCUCGACAGUGCAACGUCGGAUUCUUCCAGCGAUGAUAUCGAUGACCCUGCCGCGGCGGAGAAGAUUAUCGAUGAUGCCGAGGGGAAGGAUACGCUGCGUGACUAUGAUGUGGCGGGCCAGACUAUACUCUCUGAUGCUGUGAGCAAGGCUGUCGAGAAGUUCGAGACGAAGGAGACAGAGCGGAUUGUCAAGGAGUACGAGAUGAUCUCUUAUGAGGGUGAGACAGCCCUGGGCUACAUGGCUGACGACGAUGACUUUGAGCUGGUCGAUCGGAUCAAGCUAUGACACGACACGUCUGUUGCUUCCUCUUCUCAUUAGUGCUUUUGGCGUCGAUAUCCCUAACCACGGUCCUUGAUUCUGGCGUUGGACACAGACUGAUCACUGAUUCCUUUUGACAUUUCUGCAUGUUGUACAUCACUUUGCGCCUGCUCCAGUCACUCGUUCUGUUGUGAUCGACACGCGGAGGAAGUCCGGGGUUGUUUGUCCUCUUCUGUUUCUCAGCGUUCAUUAAUGAUCCCCACUGUAGUAUUGCUUAGACCGAAUAUACUAUCCCAGCAAUGGAAUCAUGUUUACCAUGACAGAAAUAACAUUUCAAGAACACUUUUCGAGAGAAG